AUGAAACCUAUUAUUCUGUAUGAUCUUUGUGCAAAGGACACCUCUGUUCGCUUCAGUCCUUACGUGUGGAGAACUAAACUUGCUUUAGAGCAUAAACAAAUCCCUUACGAGACAGUAUCUUCGGGAUUCACAGACAAACCACGACUGAUUGCACUCAGCAAACAAGAUCUGGUACCUGUAAUUGUUGACCCCAACAAUUCCGACAAGGUAGUUUCCGACUCUUGGAAGAUCGCAGAGUACUUGGAAUCACAAUAUCCCGACAAACCAUCUCUCUUUGGUGGCGAUGCGGGAACGAAUGGUGUGCUCUUCAUUCAGAAAUGGUGGCAAUAUAAUGGUAUCAGACCCAUUGGAACCUACGUCAUAGUGGAUGUAUGGAAAUGCAUUAGUGACAAAGAUGCAGCUUUUUUCAGAGCUGGUCGUGAGAAGCUCUUGAAAAAGACGCUGGAAGAUGUUGAAAAAGGACGAGAGAAUCGUGUUAAGGCUUGGAGGCCUACGCUGAGACCUCUGAAAGACUUGCUGCGAGAACAGUCGUUUAUUGGUGGCAAGACGCCAAACUAUAGUGAUUACAUUGUAUUUGCGGCGUUCCAAUGGGCGAGAUGUGUCAGUGACUUCCAGCUUCUCGAAAAGGACACGAAGGACCCCAUCUACAACUGGAGAGAACGCAUGCUUGACUUGUAUGGUGGUUUAGCUCGAAAGGCUCCAACGGUAACUCCAUCUGCUCAUCUAUAA